GAAUUGUGCGCGCAGUUCUCCAUAUCCCAUGGACCCAUCCUUGUCCUCUUUUUUGACAGGCAGACAGGUAGACAAGUAAAUUACAUACCUACUAAACAGAAUGGACGACAGGUUCAUCAUGGCUGCCCAUGCUGCCCAUGCUGCCCAUGGUUCUCGAUGAGCGAACCGGCACGGUACUACCCCUUGUCCUGCGACAUCUUCAUGCUUUUGUCCAUCUGAUGAUCAACAGCUCGACCGCAGGGAGUCAGGUAUAGCCACUGUCGAUUAUCCCAUCGAGCCCGCGAUAGUCAUUACUAAUUACACUCCAUGCUAGUCGAUCUCCUCAAGGUUGCCCAAGAAGAAAAUCAGUUUAAGUAUGCUUCGAUAUCACCAAUUUUGAUAUACGAGUUUCUUUUCUCGUCAUCCCUUUCCUUCUCUUCUCCUUUUUUCUCUUCCACCAUCCGACUGGAUACUGCCGGCAGUAUCUAUUUUCAUUCUCUUUAAUUCAACUUCUCUUCGUUUCAUUUGAGCGUGUUUAAUUAAUAGAUCCUCACUUUAUUUUUCUUUAUUUUUCUUUUUUCAUCCAUCUUUUUUUUUCCUCUACUUUAGAACAUCUGUAUCUUUUUUUCCCUUAUUCUCGUCAAGAUGGGUAUGUGGGUGCUAGAAGAUCGUUACCUGGACAGGCCUCCAGGAACGUCCAAGCUGGGUGAAGCCCAGGAUGUCUCCCUCGACUCAGCAAGCACCAGUGAAUUGAAAAAACAAGGCGACAUCAUCCUCGUUCCGCAGCCGAGUGACUCGCCAAACGACCCGCUAAACUGGUCGAAAACAUGGAAGAAUGCGAUCAUGUUCACUCUCGCGUUCAGUUCUGGUGUCACAACCUCAUUGGGUCCUAUGAUCUCGCCAGGUUUGGUUAUCAUCAGCCAGCAGUAUAAUAUCGAUCCAGAUACAGUCGCUACUUACAUGGUCGGCGCCAUCCUUCUCUUUACCGGCGCAAUCACCUUUUUCACCGCUUCCGGGGCGAACGUUUGGGGAAAGAGACCGUUUUUCGUGAUUUCCACCCUCCUGCUACUAAUCUCUAAUGUCUGGGGUACCUUUGCGGAUUCUUUCCCUUCGUUAGCUGCUAUGCGAAUCUUCCAGGGUAUUGCAUCGGCCCCAUUAGAGACAUUGGUCACGUCCUCGGUUUCUGAUUUGUACUUCGUUCAUGAAAGAGGAUUGCCUCUCUCGAUUUGGGGUGUGAUGACGGCGACGGGCGUCCUGCUAGGUCAGAUUAUCUCUGGUUUCAUCAUCGAAUCUAUGGGAAUCUCUGGAGCUUUUGCCAUAAGCGCUCUCAUCUUCUGUCUGGUCCUGCCGCUAAUGUAUUUCGUCGUCCUCGAGACCUCAUAUACGAAGCCGCGAACCCCUGGUACCACCGUCGAUCAGCGUCCGGAUUCUCGGUCAUCGUCGAUAGACAUUAAAAGGGAUCUUAAAGGUGACUUGGCCACCGAGCCCAAAGAGAGUUACAAAAGCCAACUUCGCCUCUUCCGUGGCCGAGUAUCUGACGAGUCCUUCUGGAAGGGCGUGUUCAGGCCAUUCCCUCUGAUUUUGUUCCCCGCCGUCGUCUUCUCUACUCUCGUCUACGGAGCUUUCUUCUGUUGGUUAUUGAUGAUUGGCGUGCUGUCCGUCACUAUCUUCUCUGUGCCUCCAUACAACCUCAACCCGGCUCAGAUCGGACUUACCAACAUUCCCCUCGCUAUUGGCGCUCUUAUCUUCUCGCCCAUAUCCGGGUGGAUGGCCGAUGCUCUUCCCGUUUGGAUGGCAAAGCGUAAUAAUGGUAUUUUCGAACCCGAGUUCCGCCUUAUCCUUAUGGUUAUUGCCAUACCUCUUUCUACCGCAGGUUUCAUCGGAUUCGGAUUAGCAGCCUCGAGGGGAUUGUCUCUCACCUGGUGCCUCGUGUGGAUCACUCUGCACUCGAUCGCUGUCCCCUUUGCUUCUCAGGCCUCGAUCAGCUAUGUCAUCGAUUGUCACACCAAAGAUGCCAAUCAGGCUUUCGUAACCAUCAACUUCAUCAAGGCAGUCUUGAGCUUCGUCGCUUCGAGCAUCGGAAACGGUCUGCUUGCCAAAUAUGGCGCCGAGUCCCUUUUCACGGGGAUCGCGAUAAUGAACCUGACAAUUAGCCUCCUUACUAUUCCUAGCUAUAUUUAUGGCAAGAGAAUGAGGAGCUGGAUGGAGAGGAGCGGUUGGACAUCAAAGUUCUAAAUCUUUGGACGAGGAUUGGGAAAUAGUUGGGGUGCCUGCCUACCUACUUAAGGUGCCUAGUAAUAGCUGCUCACAUUUCUGUUUUAGAUCAGUAUCACGAGAAGUUUCCCCACGAUGAAGGAUUCCAGACCCUGUACUUAGAAGGUCAAAAGAAGGUCAAAAGAAGGAUCUAUGGUCACCUGCUCUGGUUCAGCGUGCCUUUUCUUAUGUUAUAUAGAUGACGGACCCGCAUAUAAAUGGACAUCUGCUAUAACAACCCCUUAGAGCGAAUGAGAU